AUGAAAGGAGGAAAUCGAAAAUCUUCCACUGAUCAAAGGGAAAAAGAAACACAUCCUUUGAUCAUGGGUACCAAACCGGUGUUCAACAGCUUACAUCCGUGGUUAUCAACGGGUAUUGUGAGACAGGACAAAAUUGCCACUAAUGCUAAUCGUACUGGAUCUAUCAAGAAGGGGACGGUCUUGAGAAGAGCAAGGGAGGACAAUCUAAAGAACAUCAGCUCCUCUAUCAUUGCUAUUGGUUUUGCCAGUGUUACCUGGGGAUUUCUGAUCAACUUGGACAAGAGGUUUUGGGCUGCUUUUAGUAUGAUGAGAGCUGGGAGAUUCUGGGUUGGCUUCAAAGUGGACAACCUGCAAUCCGAAAGGAACCAGAAAGAAUACACCCAUUUCUUGGUAGACAAUUUCAAACAAAUGGGCGGACUUGGUGCUGGGACUUCAUCAAGAGGAGCUUCUUCCUUUAAGGUGACAUUCAUAUCUGAAUUGGUAGCUGUCAAAGUGCAGGUCAUAUAUCCCGUUGUGGUGAUUGAGGUAGUGCCCAACUGGGCAGGGCGCAAAUCAGCCAUAUUGUUGCUGUGUGAUUUAGGAAAGUCUGUGAAUCAAUAA